AUGGCAUUUGAUCAUUUAACUGACGCGGGUUUGAAAAUUAAGGCCGUCGCCGUCCGGCUAAAGCGUGCUUGGACAAAGAGACGAAAAGAUCGAGGCGAUGGUGGUGACGGUGGCGGUGGAGAAGAUGGAGGUGGAGGUGCAGAUAUUGAUGGCAACAGCGGAGGGGGAUUAGAAGCCGGUGGUCAUGGUGACCACAACGGCGGAGGACAUCACGACGGUGGCGGGUAUCACGGCGGCGGAGGGUAUCAUCACGGCGGCGAUCACGGCGGUGGAGGACAUCAUCACGGCGGCGGAGGGCACCAUCACGGCGGCGAUCACGGCGGCGGAGGGCAUCAUCACGGCGGCGAUCACGGCGGUGGAGGACAUCAUCACGGCGGCGAUCACGGCGGUGGCGGAGGGCAUUACGGCGGCGACGGUGGUGGUGGUGGUGGUGGUGGAUUUGCAUUUUGA